AAGCCACAUUUCGCUGCGGCUGGGCUGGAGAGAGACGCUCCGAAUGUGCGUAAAAUAACCCUUCGAAUGUAGAUAGAUCCUCUCAUCUUCAGUGAGGAAAAAAAAGAAAAGAAAAGAAAAGAAAAGGAAAAGAAAUAAAGGCGAAGGGAAACAGAGAUAUUGAUCAUCAAAUUAUUCCCACUCACCAGUGGAAUUAACCUGAAAGCUUCGUGACAACAGCCUUGAUAUCCAAGAGUUCAAGUUUCUCAGGCGGAUCCCCUUCAUUAAACGCAUACGAGCCAAAAAGAACCUGAUAUAACUUGGACGAUGGAGCCCUCUCAGUCAGAGAUGAACAUAUUAUCCAACGGUAAAAGUCACAACCUCGGCGAUGACGUGGGCGUGCCGAUGAAGAUGAUGCCAGAGGAGGAUCAAAAUGGCACUCAAACAGUCAGAUUUGAUGACCCCGAUGGAGGACUGGAGAAUGAGGGAUUUUUGCCCAGUGCAGAUGGAAAGAAACCCAUACGUUUCACCGAUUUUGAAGGAAAGACCUCUUUUGGCAUGUCAGUCUUCAACCUGGGCAAUGCUAUCAUGGGCAGUGGAAUCCUUGGACUGGCUUAUGCUAUGGCCAACACUGGCAUCCUCCUCUUCUUAUUUCUUCUGACUGCAGUAGCAGCCUUGUCAUCUUACUCCAUUCAUCUGCUGCUCAAAUCCUCUGGCAUUGUGGGGAUUCGAGCCUAUGAGCAGCUGGGGUACAGGGCCUUCGGCACUCCUGGAAAAAUGGCUGCUGGCAUCGCGAUCACCCUGCAGAACAUUGGAGCUAUGUCCAGCUACCUGUACAUUGUCAAAUCUGAGUUACCUCUGGUCAUCCAAGCUUUCCUGAAGGCAGACCCCAACUCUGAUCUGUGGUACUUGAAUGGAAACUACCUGGUCAUCAUGGUCUCUGCCAGUAUCAUCCUGCCCCUGGCUUUAAUGAAGCAGCUUGGCUACCUCGGCUACACCAGUGGGUUUUCUCUCAGCUGCAUGGUGUUCUUUCUCACCGCGGUUACCUAUAAGAAGUUUCAGAUUCCCUGCCCCUUUGAGGAGUUCUCACACAACACUACCGCUGCCCACCACAGCCUGAACGUCUCGAGCCACGUUCACGAGUACAACAACGGUCUGAUUCACGAGGACGCCCACGAUGACUCCCACUGCACCCCACGCAUGUUCACCGUCAACUCACAGACAGCCUACACCAUCCCCAUCUUGGCUUUCGCUUUUGUUUGCCACCCUGAGGUUCUGCCCAUCUACACCGAGCUACGCAAUCCAACACAGAAGAAGAUGCAGAAGGUGUCCAACCUCUCCAUCCUCGUCAUGUACACCAUGUACUUUCUGGCAGCUCUCUUUGGGUACCUGACCUUUUAUGACAAUGUGGAGCCCGAACUGCUGCACACCUACAGCCGGAUCGAUCCCUAUGACACUUUGAUCCUGUGUGUGCGCGUCGCCGUCCUCACCGCCGUGACGCUGACGGUCCCGAUCGUGUUGUUUCCUGUGCGUAGAGCCAUCCAGCAGAUGUUGUUCCCCACCAAGUCCUUCAACUGGAUACGCCACACCUGCAUCGCUCUCGUUCUGCUCACCCUCAUCAACAUGCUGGUGAUCUUUGCCCCCAACAUUCUGGGCAUCUUCGGCAUCAUUGGCGCCACGUCAGCUCCCUGCCUCAUUUUCAUCUUCCCCGCUGUCUUCUACAUCCGCAUCGUUCCCAAAGAGGAUGAACCCAUGAACUCUACUCCCAAGAUUGUGGCCGUCUGUUUUGCUGCUCUGGGCGUCUCUUUCAUGGUCAUGAGUCUGAGCUUCAUAUUCAUCGACUGGACAACAGGGGGCGGCCUUGCUGCAGGAGCCCACUAGAUGCUGCCUCAGAGUGUGAGGUCCUGGGAGAGGGGUACAUUAAACGGUCAGGGUAAAGGGAGCACUAUCACCUCAGUGGGGUUUGCAACAGCACAAAACACACAGUAUGGGUAGGAAUCACCCUUUUAUUGAUCAAAUAAAUUAACUUUCUGAUUGUAACUUAACACAUAUCUGAACAAAGUACUUUUAUAAUGACAUUUUAUAAUUUAAUUUAACGCAGAGCAAUGAAAAUGCAAUUUAUUUGAAUAAUCAGGAACGAACAGGGUCUUUUUUUUUAAAGCUGCCGUCUGUUUGGGCGCCACCCGGUCCUUUUCCUGUCGCUUCCUCUUUAUUUACACACAAACAACUGCAGCUGGUACUGUACGGACACAUAGAGAAUGAUCGUCUUUUUGCUAAAGACGGGAGGUAAUUGAGAUGCAGUAUACAAGAGGAAUAGCAAAACAACAUUAAAAUUAUGAUCCGUGAGACGCACAGAAGAGGACAGUCGUGAUCUGAUCCUGAACCAGCAGCUUCCUCGUUGUGUGUUAUAAGACAAAGAAGUGCUUUAAAGCUGCAGCUGACAUUUUACGUGUCGGUAGUUUUUUUUGUUCCUUAUGCAUAAAUCAACAAACCUUCUUCACAAACCCCAGUGCCUUUUAGCAUUUGGAACAGCAUGCAAACUAUCCAGUAAAAACAGGAGUGUAUAUUUAUUUAGCUAGCUACUUUAUCUGUGUUUUUAAUUUCUAAAUGGAUUAUAUUUAACUACUGUAUAUGGCGAAGUUAAUAAUCCCAAUACGUGGUGUAUGAUUUUGUUUUAGCUCAGAGUUAUAGUUAGCUUGAUUAAAUGCAAAGUGCUUUAUUUAAGGAUUUGAUAGCUCCCUUUAUAAAACAUUGAGCACAUAUAUACCAGACUGAAUGUAAACCAAGUACAGUUUUAAACCAAGUACAAGUUUAUCAAUCCUUUAAAAGUUUAAUUCCCCCAUUAAAGGUUUCUUAAAGAACAUUUUCACACACUGUCAGAAUAUCAAAGCACUUCACUGAAGUUCUAUGAUGCUUGCAUUGAGUGAAAAUUCAAAUUUGAGGGUUUUUUUAAAGGCUGCUCUGAAAAGAAAUAGACAUUUUAUGAAACGUUUAUUUAGUGAAAGGAUUAGCACCUCUCUUAUGCCUGUAAACAACAUGUAAAGCUACAGCUACUGCUAGCACAAAGCUUAGCAUAAUGACAGGAAACAAGGGUUAAAAAGCCGGCCGGGCUCAGUCCAAAGAUAAAAAUACAUCUACGUGCACAUCUGAAGCUCACUCAGCCACUUAUUAUACACAGUCUCCAGGGUUUUUGCAGAGCUGACCAGCAGCCAGCUCCUGAUUUCAUCCAUUCUUUUAAAUUAGCAGGACUUUAAAGGAUGGGUUCGUCUAAAUUUAAAAUAUAUGACAAAUAUUCUCCACUAACUAGUAAUAAAUGGAGAAAAUGUUCCUUAUCUAGCCAUGUAGAUAGUUUUGGUUGUCUGAGAUACAGUUUUUUUUGUGCAAUGUGUACAUCUCAAAACAUUUAAAUUAAACAAAACCAAAACUUUGUCCAUGGCUAGCCAUACAUUUGAAAACGUGAGCCCACCUUUUAGAUCAAACUCAGCCUACAACAGGAUGUUGAGCCUGCUGGUGGGCUGGCAGAUUUAAAUUCGAUGAUUUGAAUGAUUGUGAUUCUGAUACGCUGUCUUUGCUUUACUAGUUUGUAGUAUUUUUGAUCAGUCAUGUUGAAUAUUUAGACCUACGGUUCAUGUUUUGCAUGAGGUCCAGUCUGUCCUGUAGUUGCUAUCGUGAAGCGCACAGUAGCAGAGAUUUUCCUUCCAGCACUGUCAUGUGUCGAUGUUAUUGUGAUACUGUGCAUUUGGCAUCUUAUAGUGAAGAGUUUAAAAGCCCCGAUCUGUGCAGUUGUUAGUAUUACGAAGCCCUUUCUUAAAAGAUGUGACAAGAAAUGAUGUGUUAGACCUCCUCAUGUUCAGUCUGUGGAGACACGUUUAGCUCGACUUUAAGUACGUGGAUGAACGCUUCCAACACUUGAAUGGUUAUUAUGGGAAUUAACUGCAUAUGAGUUCACUUUUUGCUGUAACAUUUAUAGGAAUAUAGAUCACAUAUUUACAAAACAAUGCAAUAUUUAACCUUGGAUAAAAAGAGAACAUGUGAUAACAAAUACUUGCACCCAAAGAUGGUUUCAUGUCGUGUCACAACUCUCAGGCUUUAGAAAGUCAAGUGUAAAUCCUCACUUGUCUCAUUUUAUUUAUAACACUUUGCUUUUUUAGCAUACCUGACUCCUGUUGUUACAGACAAAUUAUGAGGAAGUAUUUAAUCCAAGUAUCAAACUCCGUCCCUUGCUUUUCCACGUGUAUUUGCCGUGGUUGUCGUGGUGUAAAUGAAGGGUUCGCUUUGUCACGGUUAAUGGAAAGAGUUUUUCUUCACUUUAAGGGAUCACAUGCCAAAAUAACAACUGACUACCUACUGCUUUGAAAUGCCUUUAGCUCGAACAGGUACCACAGUUUUAUUAGCAGACGUAUUAUGAAAUGAAACAGGCAUUUGUCAUGUACGUAAACAAAAUCUGUGUGAUAUUUUAUUAUAGCUGUUGUUUGAGAUGUUAAUCUAUGGAAAUAACAUGACUAUGAAUAAAUAACAAGGUCUAUGGAUUUUAGUGAAUUAGACAUGACUUUAUAUAAAUAAUGUAUAUAAAUGUAAACCUUUUAUAUUUGUGAUGCAUAUUUACAGUAGCUUGUAAAGUGUAAAUAGCAGGGACAGUUUUAGUUUGGCAAUAAAAUAAUUGUAGAUGUUUUUA